CGCAUUCGUCGCGCUGGUGAGCGGACGUCGAAAAUCCGACAUAAGAUUCAAUUUUAAAAUUCUAGUGUAAACAUUCUAUGUUUUUUCCUUAAGCCCAAAAUUAAUAGUGCAAUUUAAAUUUUUUUGUGAAACAAAAUCGUCUCUGGAGUCGUCUUCGUUGUCGUUGUCGUCGUGUGUGUGUGUUAAGUUUAUCCAAUAUUUCGCAAUGUGUGCAAUAAAGUGAAACAAUUUACAUAGAUGAACAAUUCACAAUCUCCGAUUCAACUUUUGUAAUCCGUUAAAAGAAAAAAAAAUAUAUAUACAAAAUCUGCAACAUUUUAUAUAAAGGAAGAGAAGAAAAAAUUCGCUGCCGCAGCGAAGGAAUUUUCGCUUUGCAGAAAACAAAAAAAAAGAAGAAAAUAGGAGGAAAAUAUACACAGUGCCAUAUACGUCACAGAAUAUAGUGCGAGAGAGUGUGAGUGAGACGGCCUGAUUGCCUGCACCCCCGGAAAUGUAACGCACUCACACACACACGCACACACUCACACACACACAGAGACACACGCUCACGAGAAAAACUUGCACCUGAAAGUUUUGUCGUCGUCGUCGUUCGUGGUUCGUGGCCUGUGCCUUCGUGUGUUCUUUGCUCGUGCGUCGUUGCAACAAAUCUGCCGAGUGGCCAAAGCAAAAUACUCAAAGUACAAAAGGCUAAGGCAAAUCAACGCCCGCCGUCGUCGACGCAGCUCAUCAAGUGCAGCCGUAUAAAUUUUAUAUAUAUCCAUAUUCUUCGGUGCGGGCACCAAAAUGGACUCGCUUAAAUUACCAAAAGGCGGCAGCGCUAAUAGCAGUGCCAGCGGCAGCAAUAGCAAUCUAUCUGGAUCGGCGGCCACAUCCGUUGUUGGCAGCCUGGCAACAUCACCCACAUCGUCUUCUGUGCCGCCUACUGUUGCUUCUGUCUCUACAACAAACACCAUUAAAACGCCGCCCGGCUUGAGCAGCAGUACACCAAUCUCGGUGCGUUUCAAUGCCAACGAGGAGUCGCUGGAUGACAUCCUGCAAUCGUUCCAUCAAAACACACAGCACAGCCACAGCCACAGUCCCAGUGGCGGAGGCGGGGGCGGCGGUGAUGCCUCGCCCACAAUGUUGGGCAUGAAGAACAAUGGCAGCGUGGGUGCCGCCUUGGGCAUGAUGGUCAAUGCCUGUGACACCCACUCCCUCUCCAGCAGUCCGUCACAGCAACAGCAGCAGCAACACCAGCAACAGCAGCAACAUCUUCAACAGCAACAGCAGGCGUCGCUUUUUGGUAACGAGGAGGUUAAUCUGCGCAACAACUUUCUGCAGGGUGGAGGAGGAGGAGGCGGCAGCGGAGGCUUCUUCAAUCGCAAAAGCUGCAGCGGCCUGCCACCAAAUCUCAAUCUCAACAAGCCGCCGCCACAACUGCAACAGCAGCAACAACAGUUGUCGCCAAAUUUGAGCGCACUGCAUCAUCAUCAUCAGCAGCAGCAGCAACUUCAACAGCAGCAGUUGGAUGGAGGAGGUGGAGCACACAGUCCAUCGUCGCCAGGUGGUGGUGGCAAUGGUGGUGGUGGAUCUCCAUAUAAUGGCUCACAGGCGGGUUGCAGCAGCGGCGGCAUCUCGCCCAUACCACAAAUGUCCAUGCCGGGGGUAUCGCCCAAAUAUAGACGCAGCAUAUCGUUCCCCAUCAAGGGCAGCUCACCAACGACACUGUAUGGCCACAUGGAUGGCGGCAUGGUGGGUGGUGGAUCCCAGCAUGGUGGUGGACCUCCCAAUCCCAUGAACAUACCAACGCUGUCGAUUGGCAAUGGAAGUGGAGUCGGUGGCAUGGGCACUGCUGGCGCUAGUGGCGGCGGCGAUGCGCCCUAUUUGGGCAACAACUAUGGCAACAUGAUGACCGCCAAUGGACAACUGCAUCAUGGUGGCGGUGGCAUGGAGAACACCCUCAGUGAUUAUAUGCGUGGCAUGUCGCUGGGCAACGCCGCCGGCGGCGGUGGCGACAAUAUGGGCAACAUGAUGAACGAGCGCAUGCGCGGCAUGGUUGGCGGCGGCCAGAAGCAUCUGAGUGAGGCCGAUGCCAUGGCCAUUGCCGCGGGAAAUGAUCCAACUGUUUACUUGAAUGCCCUGAAGAUGGGUUCGCCGUCGCGUCUGUCGCCGCAUUCGCCACACUCCCCCAUCCAGGGUGGAGUCGGUGUCGGUGGUGGUGGUGGCAAUGGAGGCAAUGCUGGCGAUAGCACCGCUCGCUUCUCACGAAAGGUAUUUGUUGGCGGCCUGCCACCCGACAUUGAUGAGGAUGAGAUAACAACGUCGUUUCGUCGCUUUGGACCACUGGUUGUCGACUGGCCUCACAAAGCUGAAUCCAAGUCAUAUUUUCCGCCCAAGGGGUAUGCGUUUCUGUUGUUCCAGGACGAGAGCAGUGUGCAGCAGCUGAUCGACUCUUGCAUAGCCGAUGAGGAUAAGCUAUAUCUGUGCGUCUCCUCGCCAACCAUCAAGGAUAAGGCCGUGCAAAUACGACCCUGGCGCCUGGCCGAUGCGGAUUAUGUGCUGGAUGCAACCAUGACACUAGAUCCACGCAAAACCGUCUUUGUCGGUGGUGUGCCGCGUCCCCUGAAAGCCUUCGAGCUGGCCAUGAUCAUGGAUCGUUUGUAUGGCGGCGUCUGUUAUGCGGGCAUCGAUACCGAUCCCGAGCUCAAGUAUCCCAAGGGUGCCGGCCGUGUCGCCUUCUCCAAUCAACAAAGCUACAUUGCCGCGAUUUCGGCGCGUUUCGUCCAGCUGCAGCACGGUGACAUCGAUAAGCGGGUGGAGGUCAAACCCUAUGUCCUCGACGAUCAGAUGUGCGAUGAGUGCGAGGGCGUGCGUUGCGGUGGCAAGUUCGCGCCCUUCUUCUGCGCCAAUGUGACCUGUCUGCAAUAUUAUUGCGAGCACUGCUGGGCGGUAAUACACUCCCGAACUGGACGUGAGUAUCACAAGCCCCUAGUCAAGGAGGGCGCCGACCGGCCACGUGCGGUGCCCUUUCGAUGGUGUUAACGGCGGCGCUGGUAGGCCGCGCUGCACGAUGAGAGACGCCAACAACGAGACGAGCGACAUCGUUUGUUGAACGCAGCGCUGGCAGUGCCUAAGCAAAAUACUACUACAAAUACGAUACGAGACGACGAAACAACAGGGAUCGACGAGAAUCGACUUGACCGAUUGGAGCAGCAGCAGCAGCAACCAGAUAAUCAACAGCAGCAAGGGGCUAAUCCGGUGCAAAUGAUGUUGCAACAGCAGCAGCAAUAUGAGCGUGGCGUCGAUGAUGAUGAUGCAGGUUGAAUGUUGAAUGUGAGGAAUGUAACUGGGGAAUGUUGUAAUUUAGUUAUAUAAGACAAGCAUACAGACGCAUGGAUACACACACUCACUCAAUCAGCCACUGACAACACACACAGACCGACACACACACGAGUCACGACGAGACCGUAGAGAGAAUAGUGUUAUCCACAACAAGGUGCAAUAUGUGUCCCCUGGGCACAAACAGCUUAUAGAGUCUAUGCGAAGAGAUCGGCAACGAUUUCAUGUAACACUCGCCCUGGAGAAACAGCAAAUGAAUGUAGGCUUAAGUUUAAAUUUAUUUAAAACAAAAAAAAAAACAAAUUUUUUUGGAAUCUGAUUAAUUUUCCUUUAGGGAAAGCGUAUGCACAGUAUUUUUUGUACUUUAUUUUUUUUUAUAAUUUUUAUACAAAUGUAUAUGAAAACAAUAAGGAAGGUGUAACAAACAAAUAAUGCCAUUUAACUCGCUAAGACCAACACGACAAAAAAAUCAUAUUCAAAAUGAGUUAACAUCACAAAAUUCAUAGACAGCAACCUAGUAAAAUGUAUACACCAGGGAAACCAUAUCUUAAUUCGACUAAGCCAACCAAAACCACUAGUCUAAAAUUACAAAUGAGCUCGAUAUUUUUUGUCAGCAAAGCAACCAAAAUCGCAACCCAUAAGUUCCUACCUUUUAGAAUCUUUGACGAUUCAAGACGACGCAUCUAAACCAAAUCUAAUUUAAAUUUAUGUGAAUUAGAUAUUUUAGUUUUCGAAAAUGCCCGACAAAAUCGCAAAUGAAUAGGAAUAAAUUUACAAUAAUUAUAAUUUGCACGUUUUAAAUGAGAGAACAAUAACUAAGCAAUAUUUAUAAUUUAAUUCACUCCCACACGUUUUAAAUGAGAGAUCAAAAAAAAAAAACGAAAAUAAGAAACGUUUUUUUCCGGACACACUUUUUUUUUAACUUGGACAUUGAAUAACAAUACUUGUUGCAUUUUGUUGUCACACACACACACACAUACAUCACAUACCAGCAGCACACACACAAUAAUAGACAUACAUACAUCAUAUAUAUGUAUGUUAGUUUAGCAGUAUUUUUAACCCCACGUUAACAACACGUGUGCCAUUCAAAUCAGAGUUUACAUCCCAACACCGAAUGAUUAAGUAAUUUUCGCUAACACUAAGCUAUGACAAAUCGUAUAUAUCUCUUCACGUUUUCACUAUAUAUAUAUAUAUAUAUAUAUAUAUAUACGAUUUUAAUUAGUUGGUAUUGUUCUAUACCUGCCACCGUGAUUACGUUGCAUGUGAAAAUCGUACGAGUAGACAUAAUAACACGUCACACACGUAGAACACAAACGCAACAUAGAAUAAACAAAUCGGCUAUAAAUUGUGAAAUUAAUUUGCAGAACUUAAGUUCACUGAUAGAAACAAAUGCAUUUGAAGACACACACACAGACAAUUUGUACACUACGAUUUUUAUAUGCCUCGUAGGUUCACAUUCUGACGAUAACCGAUUCGAGAAUCGUUAAGAAGUGAAACCAAA